AUGUCUGAGUCUGAGAGUGAGUAUUCUUCAUCUUCUUCGUCUUCAACAUCAGAAAAAUUUGUUGAAUGGCUUCUUGAUGAUUUUUCCUCCAAACUUACUAUCCACUAUGUUGCCUUACAAAAACAACAAAUAGUAGAUGCAACUUCUACGUCAAAACGUAAAAAGAAGAAAAGAAGAAAUAUAGAAAGAAAGCGUGAAGAUGGAGAUCGACGUCUGUACGAAGACUACUUUUCUKAGAAUYCGACAUACAAUGAUGAUAUAUUUCGACGUAGAUUUCGGAUGCGGAGACCAUUAUUUCUUCGCAUAGUUGAAGGUGUGAAGAAUCACGAUCGAUACUUUGAAAGUGGUAUCGAUUGUACCGGUAGAUCAAAAUUAUCAUCUCUUCAGAAGUGUACUGCUGUGAUACGAAUGUUAGCAUAUGGUGUAGCUGCAGAUGCCGUUGAUGAAUAUUYAYGAAUUGGUGAAACUACAACAAUAAAAUGUGUUAAGAAGUUUGUACGAGCUAUUAUUGCAGUGUUUGGGGACGAGUAUUUACGAAGACCAAAUGUCACUGACCUUCAACGAUUACUUUAUAUUGGGUACCAAUGCGGUUUUCCAGGCACAUUAAAUGAUAUCAAUGUGUUAGAUCGAUCUCCCAUCUUCCACGAGGUCUUAGAAGGGAAAGCACCAGAGGUAAAUUUCUCUGUUAAUGGUAACAACUAUAGUUUAGGAUACUACCUUGCAGAUGGAAUCUACCCUAACUGGGCUACGUUUGUGAAAUCCAUCUCAUUGCYCCAAAGUCAAAAACAUCAGCAAUUUGCAAAAAAACAAGAAUCAGCUAGGAAAGAUGUAGAAAGAGCGUUUGGCGUAUUACAAUCACGAUUUGCCAUAGUUAGAGGUCCAUCACGGAUGUGGUUCAAGGAAAUAAUCGGAGAAAUAUUACGAGCUUGCGUAAUAAUGCACAACAUGAUUGUCGAAGAUGAACGUGACUCAUACAUUCGUCAAUUUGAUUUCACAGAUGAUGAUAAUUUCAGUAUAUCUAUGCCUGAAGUUUCUCGAAAUCAUCUUCCUGAGUAUGAAAAUUAUCUUCGAAGUCAUGCAAGAAUACGUAACAGGACUCACAACAAUCAAUUACAAGCGGAUUUGGUUGAAGAGAUUUGGAGCCGAUUUCAAGGAGAAGAAAACAAUGAUUAA